UGGUUUAUUCUUAUCUUUCCAACUUUGUUGCUUGGUCCAAAUAUCUUCUUCUCAAAAACAUUGAAAGAAAACAAUUAAGAGGGCCAAUUACUAGUACAGAAACAAUGUCUUCCACUUCAACACCGUCAAUAUAUUUGCAAGGCAAUGCCCACAAAACAAGUUUUGCGCCAGCAAAAAAUACAAAGCCUUUCCACACCAGUCUUAAAUUUCCAUUUUCACAGUCUUUAAGAAAAGUUAUACGUGUAAAUUCAUCUAGCACUGCAAAGUAUAAUGAAGUUGUGGUGGAUGAAGAAAUUGAGAAGAUUAGGAGGCUUCAAAAUGGGUCUGACGUUCGUGGGGUGGCAUUGGAUGGUGAGAAAGGUCGAAAAGUGGACCUUGCACCGCCGGCUGUGGAAGCCAUAGCUGAGAGUUUUGGUGAGUGGGUUAAAAAUGGCUUGGAGAAGGAAAGUGUGGAAGAUGUUAGGGUGUCUCUGGGCCGGGAUCCGCGUGUAUCGGGGGCUUCUUUGAGUGUAGCUGUGUUUGCAGGACUUUCUCAAGCUGGCUGUUCUGUGUUUGAUAUGGGACUUGCAACUACUCCAGCUUGUUUCAUGAGUACACUGUUGCCUCCAUUUGCUUAUCAUGCUUCUAUAAUGAUGACGGCAUCUCAUUUGCCGUACACGCGUAAUGGUCUGAAGUUUUUCACUAGGAAAGGGGGGCUGACCUCACCAGAAGUGGAGGAAAUAUGUGACAUUGCUGCACGUAAAUAUGCAAAUCGGCUCACAAAAGUGUCGACCAUGCUGACCAUUCCUCCAACAAGAGUGGAUUUCAUGAGCAAUUAUGCCAAGCACCUCCGAGACAUUAUCAAGGAGAGAGUCAAUCAUCCCUUGCACUAUGACACUCCACUCCAAGGAUUUAAGAUAAUUGUAAAUGCUGGAAAUGGAUCAGGAGGCUUCUUCACAUGGGAUGUCCUAGACAAGCUUGGUGCAGACACCUUUGGGUCUCUACACCUCAAUCCAGAUGGGAUGUUCCCCAACCAUAUUCCCAACCCUGAGGACAAGAUUGCCAUGGCACUAACUCGAGAUGCAGUGUUACAAAACACUGCUGAUCUUGGGAUAGUUUUUGAUACUGAUGUAGAUCGUAGUGGUGUGGUAGAUAAUAAAGGCAACCCAAUCAAUGGGGAUAAGCUCAUUGCACUCAUGUCAGCCAUUGUACUGAGGGAACACCCAGAAACAACCAUAGUGACCGAUGCUCGUACAAGCAUGGCACUUACUAGAUUUAUUGUAAAUAGAGGGGGUCAUCAUUGCUUAUAUCGGGUUGGUUACAGAAAUGUCAUUGAUAAGGGAGUUCAACUUAACGAGGAUGGUAUUGAAGCACAUCUUAUGAUGGAAACAUCUGGCCAUGGUGCACUUAAAGAGAAUCAUUUCCUUGAUGACGGGGCUUACAUGGUGGUAAAAAUCAUCAUCGAAAUGGUACAAAUGAAGCUUGCAGGAUUGGAUGACGGGAUUGGUAGUCUCAUAAAAGAUUUAGAAGAACCAUUUGAAUCCGUAGAGAUGAGGAUGAAUAUCAUCUCCGAGCCUAGAGAGGCAAAGGCAAAAGGUGUUCAAGCAAUAGAAACAUUUCGAACCUACAUUGAGAAAGGGCAGCUUAAGGGGUGGGAAUUAGACUCAUGUGGAGACUGUUGGGUGAGCGAGGGAUGCCUUGUAGACUCUAAUGACACACCGGCUGCCAUUGAUGCUCACAUGUACAGGGUUAAAGUUUCCGAUGAAGAACACGGUGAACAUGGUUGGGUACACAUUCGACAGAGUAUUCACAAUCCAAAUUUAGCUGUAAAUAUGCAAUCCGUGGUGCCUGGUGGCUGCCAAUCCAUGGCAAUAGAUCUUAGAGACAAGUUUCUCAUGGCAAGUGGAAUGGAUAGAAUUCUUGACGUCAGUCAGAUUGACAAUUUUACAAAAAGCGUGCGUGUUGGUUAAGUUGCAAUGAUCUCCACUAGAAGUAGUUGUACAAUAAAGUUGAGUAUAAAAACGUUAGCAAAUGUUAUAUCCACCAUAUAAGUCAGAUUAUGAUAAUGUAAUGUACAAUAAUGAUGUAUUUGGUAUAUUCCAAUUAUGGUUUUGAAACCUAGACCAUUUAAUGAACUGGGAAAGGAAGAGGUUCAAGGUUUUUGAGAUCGGAUUGUAGUU